AUGGGGGUGGAUAUCCUAGACAUCCGGGUGAUCAUCCACAUUGGCAUGCCGCGGACGUUGUUGGAUUACGCGCAGGAGAGUGGCCGGGCCGGGCGGGACGGGCAGGCCAGCGAGGCCAUCAUCAUCCAGCCAGAGGGGAUGGACGAGUAUGGUCAUGGCGGCGGCGCAGGUGGUCACCAUGCACGCGAGGAGGCAGAGGAUCAGGAUGAGGAUGAGGAUGUAGAGGCACAGCGGGUGCAGAGAUACAUGCACGCAGGAGGGUGCCGGCGGGUGGUUUUAGACGAGUAUUUGGACGGGAUCAUUGACGGAUACCAGCGGCGGCGGUGUGGGGAUGCCGGGCAGGAGGAGCAGGCGUGUGACCGAUGUAAUCCCAGUUGGCAGGCCCAGUAUGUAGGCGGCACCAGCACCAGCAGCAUCAGCAGCACCAGCACCACCACAGGCGGUUCCCAGGCAGUUCAGGUUAGGGUUUGGAAGGAUAUACCAGCACACGGGCCCGCGCAGGCCACAACACCACCAGCAACCCAGCCAGGGUUAGGGUUUGGAGAGGAUGGACAGGGUAUCAGACCAGGAGGUGAUAGCCCCGCGAGCAGUGGAUCAAUCGUCAGCCAGAUUGGAUACGAACCACCAGCAGAGGCAGAGGCAGCCGCCAUGGCCACCAUGACACCACCAGCCACCGCGGAAGUGUUAGGGUUAGGGAUCAGAUCAGUUCCAGGCAGCAGCAGGCCCGAUGCCGGCCGCCACGAAGCAGGUGAGGUUGGCCGAAAUAGUUCACCAGUGGUUAGGGUUCCAGCCAGCAGCCAGGCAUCCCAGGCAUCGCAGGCGUCGCAGUGGGUAGCAGGGGAUAUAUAUUUCCAGCAGGAGCACGCGCGGUAG